ACUUGCUUCGACUUGCCUGAAAGUUUCGUUUGGUAAAAAAUCAUUUUGGGUACAACUCAUGAACGUCAAAGGCACCGACUUUCUUCCGUCAAGCUGUCCGAAGCCUAUUGGGAUUCCAAACUAUCGAAGCACUAGAUCUCAUUCUUGGGAGUAGAGAGACAGAGAGAGCGAGAGAGACAGAGAGAGAUGCCAAGGAGAUCUGGGACUUGUUUGAGGUGUUGUUUGGUGGUUUUUGCUGUGGUAUCAGCUCUCUGUGUAUCUGGCCCUGCUCUGUAUUGGAAGUUGAAGAAGGGGUUGAAGUCGGGAGGCUAUUCGUCUGAAUGCAGCCCUUGCAUUUGUGAUUGCCCUCCACCUCUUUCCCUUCUCAAGAUUGCUCCUGGUUUGGCCAAUCUUUCUGUUACAGACUGUGGGGGAGAUGAUACUGAUCUCAAGGAGGAGAUGUCAAAGCAGUUUGUCGAUCUGUUGACAGAGGAGAUGAAGCUGCACGAGGUUGUGAGCGAAGAGCGAGCCCACCAUAAGAACAUUACCUUGGUAGAAGCCAGAAGGGUCUCUUCGCAGUACCAGAAGGAGGCCGAAAAAUGCAAUGCUUCCAUAGAGACUUGUGAGCACGCCAGGGAGCUUGCGGAGGCAUUGUUGAUCAAGGAAAGGAAAGUAACUUCCUUGUGGGAGCGAAGAGCCCGGGAACUGGGCUGGGAAGGGGGAAUAAAAGCCGAAGCUUAAAAUCAGUGCAUCUGUUUAUCCCUGUGCAAGAAAAUUACCAGGCAAGCAAGUUUGUCACCUGGAUGAAGAGACAAUGCUCGCUCACUCUUCUCUUUUUGUUGCCUUCAGUUUUGAGUUCUCAAUGACUUAAAAAUCAAUUAUUUCCAUUUAUAGCAUAAUGCCCACAUAUUGUCAGCUGAGUCGGGUUUGGAUCCAUCACUAUCAGUUGAAUAUUAUCCUUGAUCUGAUCAUUAUUUGAGAGCUUAGUUGGGCGCUUAUUUUGUGAUUUCAUGGUUGUAAACAAGUAUUUUGUCUAUGGUUUUGAACAAAGGUAAGAAAAAAAUAGUCAUCAAAACAGUUUCACAGUGA